UCCACUGACACCAGCUCUGCUCCCGCGACAGAACAGCACUUGCGCGCUCAGCUUGAACUGCUCCAGAACCACGAUCCCGCUCCGUCCGCCUCCAACCCGAGCGCGCGCGACCCUCGAGGCCCUCCGUCGCGGCCGCCGAAUGGAUACGACGUCCUGGCAGCCUCUUCGCAAGACGUCACCCGCCCUCUCGCCAAGCUAGACGCUGAAGCGCACAUCCACCCCGAUCUUCGAGCCUCCGUCGGCCACGCGCCCGCUCCCAACAUGAUGCCCAUGGGCCCUCCUCCGGGGCACAGCCCUGUCACAGCCGGUCCCGGCCCUUCAGCCGUGCCGCUGGCCCCCGCGCCGCCGCAGCAGAUGGCCAUGGACGAUGCCAACUCCAACGAUGGCCGCAAGGCGAAGCGCGAGCUGUCGCAGUCCAAGCGCGCCGCUCAAAACAGAGCCGCACAGAGAGCUUUCCGCCAGCGCAAGGAGGGUUAUAUCAAGAAGCUCGAGCAGCAGGUCCGUGAGCUGGCCGAACUGGAGCACUCAUACAAGUCGAUGCAAUCCGAAAACUACGCUCUCCGAGAAUAUGUGAUCCACCUGCAAUCCCGGCUGCUCGACACUCAGGGCGAAUUCCCCCCGCCCCCUCCCAAUGUCAACCUCUCGCAGCCUUCAUCUGCUCCUCCGCCGCCAUCCGCCAUGCCCGAGCAGCACCAUCAACCGCAUCAGCAACAGCAUCAGCACCAAGCGCCUCCGCCGCCGCAACAGCCCCCUAACAGCAGCAAUUCCGGAGUUGGAACCCCUCUCGAGGCCGUGGCGCAGGCCGUCGCGGGACUAACCGCCCAAGAGCAAAUGGUCGAGCGAGGGCAGACCUAUCCCAGC